GAAGAAUUCUGCGCGCGCGGCGGGGAUGGAACGUUGAUAGAGUUCGCGGGUCUAGCUGCUGGGGGCAGGAGCAGCACGCAGUGCGCCGCCGCGCGCCAAAGCGGGAAUCCAGGAGGCGGGCACCUCUGCAAUUAAUGCACGCAUUUAAAACUCCCGAACCUGCGGACGCCAUGCACAGGAAACACCUCCAGGAGAUUCCCGACCAGAGUAGCAACGUUACCACCAGCUUCACGUGGGGAUGGGAUUCUAGCAAGACUUCUGAACUGCUUUCAGGCAUGGGGGUCUCCGCCCUGGAGAAGGAGGAGGUGGACAGUGAGAACAUCCCCCAGGAACUGCUUUCAAACCUGGGCCACCCGCAGAGCCCCCCACGAAAACGGCUAAAGAGCAAAGGGAAUGACAAGGACUUUGUGAUUGUCCGCAGACCUAAGCUAAAUCGAGAGAACUUUCCAGGUGUUUCAUGGGACUCCCUUCCAGACGAGCUGCUCUUAGGAAUCUUCUCCUGUCUGUGCCUCCCUGAACUUCUGAAAGUCUCCAGUGUUUGUAAGAGAUGGUAUCAUCUAGCGUUUGACGAGUCUCUCUGGCAGACCUUAGACCUCACGGGCAGAAACCUCCACCCAGAUGUGGUUGGUCGGCUGCUGUCUCGAGGGGUGGUUGCCUUCCGCUGCCCACGAUCGUUUAUGGACCAACCGUUUGUUGAACGUUUCAGCCCUUUUCGUGUACAGCACAUGGACCUGUCGAACUCGGUGAUCGAUGUGUCUACCCUCCACGGCCUUCUGUCUCACUGCUCCAAGUUGCAGAAUCUCAGUCUAGAAGGCCUACGGCUUUCGGAUCCCAUUGUCAACAAUCUUGCUCAGAACACAAAUUUAGUGCGAUUAAACCUUUCUGGGUGUUCUGGAUUCUCUGAAUCUGCCCUGAAGACUUUGCUGAGCAGCUGUUGCAGAUUGGAUGAACUGAACCUCUCCUGGUGCUAUGAAUUCACUGAAAAGCAUGUGCAGGUGGCUGUCGCACACGUGUCAGAGACUGUCACCCAGCUGAAUCUCAGCGGGUACCGAAAGAAUCUGCAGAGAUCGGAUGUCUCUACUUUAGUUGGAAGAUGUCCCAGUCUUGUCCACCUAGACUUAAGCGAUAGUGUCAUGCUGAAAAGUGACUGCUUUCCGGAAUUUUUCCAGCUCAACUACCUCCAACACCUAUCACUCAGUCGGUGCUAUGACAUAAUACCUGAAACUUUACUUGAACUCGGAGAAAUUCCCACACUAAAAACACUACAAGUCUUUGGAAUCGUGCCAGACAGUACCCUUCAACUAUUAAAGGAAGCCCUUCCUCAUCUACAAAUUAAUUGUUCCCCUUUCACCACCAUCGCCAGGCCAACCACUGGCAACAAAAAGAACCAGGAGAUAUGGGGCAUCAGAUGCCGACUGACACUGCAGAAACCCAGUUGUCUAUGAAGUAUCUAUUGCAGGAUGGUGUCUCCUCUUUUCUUUGAACAGGGAAAGUAGGCAGGAAGCCCAAUUGUGGAGAGCUCAGCUAUUUUUAUUCUUGGUUUUCUCUUGCCUUCAUUCUACAAGUAUAUUAGAGAACCGUUGGAGAGAAAACUAUGAAGUGUUGCUUUUGAAAAAUGACUAGGAAAGCUUUUAUCACUGCUAUAUCCUUAAGAGCCUAAGCUGUAUGCCUUUUGAAAUUUUAGGAGAGUGAGCCUAUAAUUUCAAGAUACCUUAAAGAGCAAAAUUUGAGCCACCUCUUCCAAGUGCCCUUCUUAUUAAAUCUAUUUAGAAUCAAGCUU